CCAGUGGCUGCUGGGACGGAAAAAACAAUCACGUCUUCUGUUUUGUUCUUUUAGUUUGGUUUUGGAAGCCGUUAUUCGUAUGCGAAUAUAGAAAUUUACCACUUCCUCUCGUAAACGCCAAGAAACCCCCCCCCACAUGAAUAGGCGGGGAACAUGGCUUCGUGGGUGGACAGGAGAGACGCUGCUGGUGUAGAGGAAGUCGCCGUUCGUGGUGUUGACGUUGUGUUUUGUGGCUGAUGAUGGUGCACAGCUUGUAGUAGUUCGCCAUCAUCAUAAAUCGCGUUCAACCGCACUAUCAUGUAUUCGUUUUGAAGAGGGAGCCGUGUCUCUCCGUGUCCGUAACGCUCCUACAACGGACCCGUAGUUGCCGUUCUUCUCAAAUUCAUGAUAAUAAUGGGCUCGAUACUAAGCCGACGAAUUGCCGGAGUGGAGGACAUCGACAUCCAGGCGAACUCGGCGUACAGAUAUCCUCCCAAGUCCGGAAACUAUUUUGCCAGCCACUUUUUCAUGGGUGGGGAGAAGUUUGAUACGCCUCAUCCUGAGGGAUACUUGUUUGGAGAAAACAUGGAUCUCAACUUCCUUGGCAACAGACCUGUUCAGUUCCCUUAUGUGACUCCAGCACCCCAUGAGGCUGUGAAGACCCUAAGAAGCCUGGUCAAUAUCCGAAAAGACUCUUUGCGACUUGUCAGGUACAAAGAUGAUGCUGACAGCCUUACAGAAGAAGGAGGGAAGCCUAAGGUUGUGUACAGCGUGGAGUUCACCUUUGACACAGAUGCUCGUGUGGCUAUCACGCUGUACUGCCAGGCCUUUGAGGAGUUUACAAAUGGAAUGGCCUUUUACAGUCCCAAGAACCCAACAAUGGUCUCUGAAACAGUGCACUACAAACGAGGAGUAAGUCAGCAGUUCUCACUGCCAUCCUUCAAAAUCGAUUUCUCUGAAUGGAAAGAGGAGGAGCUCAGCUUUGAUCUGGACAGGGGGAUCUUUCCUAUGGUGAUCCAGGCUGUGGUGGAUGAAGGGGAUGAAGUCUCAGGGCAUGCACAUGUGCUGUUGGCAGCCUUUGAAAGACAUGUUGAUGGCAGCUUCUCUGUGAAGCCCUUAAAGCAGAAGCAAAUUGUGGACCGUGUGAGUUACCUGUUGCAGGAGAUUUAUGGAAUUGAAAACAAAAACAACCAAGAGACAAAGCAAUUGGACGACGAAAACGGUGACAACAGCAACGAGUGUGUGGUAUGCCUUUCAGACCUCCGAGAUACCCUGAUUCUGCCCUGCAGACACCUGUGUCUGUGCAACUCGUGCGCAGACACAUUGCGCUACCAGGCGAACAACUGCCCCAUUUGCAGACUGCCUUUUCGGGCGCUGCUUCAGAUCCGCGCAGUCAGGAAGAAGCCAGGGGCUGUAUCUCCCGUGUCCUUCAGCCCCGUCCUGGCGCAGACCAUGGAGCACGACGAACACUCGAACUCAGACAACAUUCCACCAGGGUUUGAGCCCAUCUCCCUUCUGGAGGCCCUCAACGGGCUGCGCUCUGUGUCCCCUGGGGUUCCUUCAGCACCCCUCUAUGAUGACAUCAAUUUUUCUGGUUGCCUGGGGGACCCUUUGCCUCUAGUGGGCCGCCAGCUUGGAUCAGGGGACCGUUCUGGAGAGGUGGGCUUGCAGAAAGGCAAGAUCAGCAAGUCACCUGAUAGCACCCUUCGCUCCCCAUCAUCGCCUAUUCAGGAGGAAGAUGAGGAAAAGCUUUCGGAGUUGUCUGACACCCAGCCCCAUGCCCUGAUUUCCAGAAGUCCAGCCUCCACCGAAAUCACUGUGGCAGAGGAGGGGCCUAGAUGUGUCACACCUGAUGAAGAAGAUGGGCCUCACUCAGAGGGUGAGAUCUUCCAGGACAAUAUCAGUGAGCACAGCCGCCUGACCAAGACAGAGAGUGAUCCGCCGGGAGAGCUGUCAUUGCCAGGAUCAUCACAGUCAACUGAGAGCCUGAAGAGUCAAAGCACGAACAGUUCCAGCCAGCCUCUCUUGUGUCCCCCAAGCAGCCUGCAUAUUGAGGAUGAGCAGUUUGUCCCCUAGGCCUGCCUUCACCCAGAUCAAAAAGAAAGCUUCUACUUUGUUGAAAGAUUGCAUAUCGUAUUGAGCGCAAGGGGGAAUGCAAGCAGUGACAUAAGAAUCCAUUAUACUUUUUUAAUAAAUGUAUAUGUACUUUGGCUGUUUUUAUAACCUUCUUUUGUAAUCUUGGAGAUUAGUUCAGUGGCAGUCAAAAAGAAAGAAGAGACUGACUUCUCAAGUCAAAGAAUACGACUGAACUAUGACUUUUAAUGUAGGAAAUGUGUAAAGUAUUUCGUAUUUUCUUGUAUUCAUGCUUUUCUAAGUAACUUAUAAGAAAGUUAAGGAACUAAUGACCAUAUAGCCUAGCUGUAAUCUUGAAUCAUUAGUUUAAUUACAUUAAUAAUUACACGGAAUCUAUUAGUGCAGUGUGUGUCUCAUCAACUUUUACCCCAAACCACUGGAGUCUGCACUCCAGUGCCACACUACACCAUGUAAUAGUUGUACACCGGGCUCCCAGCUUUGAGCUGCGUUUUGGGGUUGUGGCCAGAAGGGGGUGCUGUUUCCGUGUUGUCAAGGCCAGCUUCCAGAUACCAAAUUUUCAUUUUGAUCUCAAAUCUAGAAAUGUAAACAUUUAGUUAAUCACUUCUUGUGUUAUUAAUCAAGCAGUUAUUCAGAUUAUCUACUACCGCUUGGUUAUUUUGAAGGUUUAAGUACAUGCACUGCACAUGUACAGCUUGCUUCAGAAAACAAAAGCUUGCUAUACUUUAGACAUACCAUUUUACUGUAAUUAGAUGGUUAUAAUUUGUACUAUUUCAGCUCUUUAAUGCUGAGGUAAUUAGUACAAUAAAAUGUUUUUGCUUACAAUGUAUACUGUAAUCUUAAAUAGAUUACACUAUGUGAAGAGAACAUGUGGAAGUGGGGCAUAUGCAUUUAAACAUUCUUCAAAGAUGAAAUGUUAAAUUUAGAUAUGCAAAUUCAUCUUUGUGGGAUUUUUAACAGAGAAUACUCAAAAGGUGUAUUGAAUAUAUGCUUAAUAACAGGAGGACUGUCUGCCUUCCAGCAAAGUUUGAACCCAACAUAGGUGGGUUAUCUUCAACUCACAAAAGAUGGGUCCACUUUGUUGCCCAUGCUCUCCAUCAUGAUGAAACAGUAAUCAUGUAUCUCUUAUAAUGUAUUGUAAUAUAUGCUAGGAUCUCAAUAUAGUCAGCUUUUGCUUCUGUAAUCCUGCCAUAUAAAUGUUUGUGUGCCUUCACAUAGCAGAAACUGACUUGGCUGGCAACAUUUAUAAUGGGAAAAAUAGUCACCAGUUCACAGCUCCCAUGACUGCAGCCUAUGAGAUGCUUGUAAGGGCUUUUUUUAGAGCAUCUUAGAUUGACUUGCUUGAAGCUAGAAGUAUGCUUUUUUUUCUGGUUUGAUCUUCAGCUGCCUUCCAAUUGUGAAGCUUCAGUGUACCAAAUAUUCAGAAUAGCAGCUUUCUGUAUGAAAAAAGAAAUCGAGAGCAACAUGGGCAAUAAUAGGUACAAAGAAAUGGUUUAUUUGGAACUCUCUGUCUUCACAUAUUUUCUAAGUGAAAUCCCUGCAAAAAAGCAGUGGUAGAGAGAGUUCAUUCCUUCGUCUUUUCAGUGUCUCAGGUGUUUUGGGGGCUUUUACUUUGGUGUGUUAAGAAUAUCGACUUUUGUCUGCUAGAGAUGUGAAAAUUUGAAAAAUUUUUCUUCUUUGCUCUUUUCCCAAAGAUACAAACAUGGUGUUUAAAAAAAAUAAAUAAUGUAUACACUGUAAUGCACAAAAAUGCUCCUUAUUCACUUUACUGGAGCUAGAUAUUUGGUUUACAGAGAAAGAAGGAUUUGUGACAAAUGUUCAACAGUUGAUCAUUAAGACUGGGGCACUUCAGCAAUGAAAAUGACUAGAUACCAUCUUCUCUUAAAAAUGUGUAUGUUUUAUGAGAAACCCUCUGUACUUUCUGUGUUGAUGGUUCCAUGUGCAACUUGCACCUGACAUGACUUCAGUAAAAUAAAACCAUAUUUAAGCGUCAUACCUUUUAAAAACUCUGCAUUCAUUUGCAACACUAAAACAUAACUCAUAUUGGAAGAUUUGAGCAGAUAUUUUGUUUAAUGCAAAUGCAUUUGUUUUCCUUUUGAAAGAUUUCAUGACAUUGUAGCAUUGAUUGACUUGGUUUUACAGUGAACCUAUGGCAUAAUGUUUGUUAAAGUCAUUGUCUGACUUAGACACUUAUUUCUACAUCUGGAGUUUAAUAAUAUGAUCAGUGUGAUAGCAGGAAGAUGGUGAUUGGUGCUGUGAUUAAGAGAAAUUACAAUAGUUCUUUGAGUUGGUAUAGCUGAGCCUUGAGAAUAGGUAAUGUUGAACUCAGUUUAAAAAAGAAAAUGAAAAGUUCAAAGAGGUUGAAAGUUGAGGUUCAGUAUCGUGUCCUUAUUGAAAACAGGUGUUUGCAUGUUAUAGGUUUUCAUUUGCAUGUUUGUUUUAACUUUUAUUAUAACAUGCUAAAAUAUCAAUGUUUGUAAAAUUACAUUUUGAAUUUCAUGGUUUAUGUUUAAAUGUUGCAUAACAUAGUGAUUUGAACUUUUGACAAUGACAAAUAGAGAUAACAGCUCAUUUUAUUGCUGUUUAGGUGCUAUAAUAUUUUUCAUAGAAGAUCUUGAUAGUGAAUUGGUUGUAAUUUACAUUGAAAUUUUAGGAGGGCUGCAGUUGAUUAAAAUUGAUCCUGUGGGUUUUAAACUCUGUUGCUGCUUCACAGUAACAUUAAAAAUGUAUUUAAUAAAGUUGAAUUAUUAAUAGUAAACUUAAAUUCCCUGUUAUCUUAAGUGCUUGUGUGUUUAAAAGAUUCUGAAUUUUUAACUAAACACAUUCAUUUUGUAUUUGUUUUGUUGACAUACCUAUGCACUUAGACUUGCACAGUUGUUGUGACAGAGUGCAAAUUAUCAAAUACAUCUGCUGAAUAAUGGUAACAGUAUUCAUAAUAAAUCUGUGUGCAACUUCUUCAGUUGUGCGAUAUGUAUGUGCUUCUGUAUCAUUGUACCUGUCUUUGCCAAAUGAUUGCAAUGUUAAGUCCUUCCUGUUUGAAAAAUAGAGGAAUUAAAAAGUCAUGGUACUAGGGUUCACAGUAAAUAUGACAAUGUUUAACUGUGAAUGAGCAGGGAUCAAAAGAACUUUUUGCCUUCAUGUAAUGUCAAGUUUACAGAGCUGCAUCCUUAGGUUAUGAUUGCACGCUGUAAGCCAGUUGGGAGCUUUGAAAGAUUUGGGAACACCUUGGUCUGGUGUAUGUGUGAGUAUAAAGAAAAUUUUUAGGAAAGGGUGGCCUCUGAGGGUAGUGUCUGUUAAAUGUGCUGAAUCUACUGAUCAGGACAGUACAGGCUGUACAGGUGGCUGACACCUGAAAGAGAUAAAGGUCCUCAUUUGAUUCUGCCAUUGCCAAUUAGCUCCCACUUGCCAUUUCUAUAGUUCUUUUCAAACAUUUACAGGGAAUGUUUACGAGCAUUAAUACAAGCAAUUUUAGCACAUACACUUAAAAA